AUGAUGAAUGAUCAAAUAGUUGUGGAUCAGUCUCCAAUCGUCAACAAUGGCCAAGGAGCUACUAGUUCCUUACAUGGCUACACUGGAACAGGACAAGGUAUCGACUAUAAUCAUACUCUGUUUCUCAGUCCUACUGAUGUUAGUGGCAUUAGCAUCAUCUCGUUUCAGCUAAGGUUUUAUAGUGAGGAAUUAUGGGGACAAUGGGAAAGAGUGAAUGCCAUUGUAUUAUCAUGGCUUAUGAAUUCAGUUUCGAAGAGUUUACUGAGUGGUAUAGCAUUUGCUACUACUGCUUUUGAUGUUUGGACUGAUUUAAAAGAGAGAUUUGACAGAGUGGAUGGAUCUAGAUCUUACAAUUUACACAAAGAUAUUUCUUCCUUGCAGCAAGGUAAUAUGUCUGUUUCUGUAUACUAUACAAGGCUUCAAAAUCUAUGGGAUAAAUUUGAGGCUUUAGUGCCUUCUCCUUCUUGUAAUUGUGAUAGAUCCAAAGGCUUUGUGAUUCAUCUUAACAGGCAGAAGUUGUAUAAGUUUUUGAUGGGAUUAAAUUACUCAUAUCAUCAGGAUAGAAGUCAGAUUCUUCUCAUGGAUCCAUUACCAACUAUUAAUCAGGCGUAUGGAAUGAUAGUGGGGGAUGAGAGUCAAAAGGCUAUGGUUACUCACACUAAUAACACUAGUAGUAUGGGCAUGAGUUUCAUUAGUGAGGAUUCAGUAGCUCUGUACUCCAAGGUUGGUAGCAGUUCUGGAGUAAAUCAGAAGUUUAAAAGGAAUUUUAUGCUAGUGUGUGAGUUCUGUAAAUGUAAGGGACAUAGUAAGGAGUUCUGCUACAAGGUGAUAGGAUAUCCUCCUGACUUCAAAUCCAAAAGAAAGACUCAAGGUGUUAUUUCUGGUCAGGUAACAACUGAUGCUAGUCACACUAAUACAUCAACAUCUCAGGCAAACUUCUCAUAUGGUAUAAACACUAAUGUUCAUAUACCAAGUAGAAGUACAAAGGGUGAAUCAUCCACAGCUAACAUGAAUGCUAACUUAGCUGGCAAUAACCACAAUAGGACAGUGAGCCAAGCUGAGAAGGAUGUUCAACAACUUCUUCAGGGCUGCACUUUCACAAAGGAUCAGUAUGAUCACAUACUCCACAUGUUUCAGCAAAGAUCAGAAUCUGUUGUAGCAGCCUGCAAUGCUACUCAUUCAGCAAGUAAUGUGUUUUUUGUCUCUGAAAAUAGUGAUGUUUGGAUUGUGGACACUGGGGCAACUAAUCACAUGGUAUCUAAUUUGGAUAUGUUGAUUAAAGAGUCUGUAUCAAAACUGGAAGUUCCUAAGACAGUAUACCUUCCAAAUGGUGAUGCUACUCAAGUUACUCAUGUUGGAUCAUGUGCAUUAUCUACUAGAAGUGUUCUUACAGAUGAACUUUACAGUGGGAAGGUGAAGGAGGAGUCUGCAUUGAAGGUUGCGUUUGUUGCUACCAAUCCAAGCUCAGAGUGUCAUGAUUCAGAUAUGGAACUAUGGCAUAAGAGAUUAGGGCAUGUUUCAUCAACAGUUCUUGCUAGAAUAUUUGAUAUGAAUAAGCAGAAUAUUGACCUAUGGGGUCCUUACAAUACUCCUACUUAUGAUGGCAAUAAGUACUUUCUUACUAUUGUUGAUGACUUCUCCAGAAUGACUUGGCUAUUCUUACUUAAACUCAAGUAUGAUGUUUGUGUUUCAUUGCAAAUAUUCUUACAAUUUGUCAAGACACAGUUUGGUAAAAUGGUGAAAAUAAUAAGAACUGAUAAUGGCACAGAGUUUGUCAAUUCUGUUUGUGAUCAAAUGUUCAAAGAUAUGGGGAUUAUACAUCAAAGAACUUGUCCAUAUACCCCACAGCAAAAUGGGGUAGCUGAGAGGAAACAUAGGCACAUACUUGAAGUUACUAGGGCUAUGAGAUUUCAAGCACAAGUACCUUUAAGAUAUUGGAGACAGUGUGUUCUAGCUGCAGCUUAUGUUAUUAACAGACUUCCCAGCAGGGUUAUCAAUUUUCAAACUCCCUAUGAGAGAUUGUAUGGUACUCCACCUGUAUUAAGUCAUUUGAGGACACUUGGAUGUUUAUGUUUUGCCAAAGAUCUAUCUGUUCAUGACAAAUUGAUGCCAAGAUCAAGAAUGGCUGUGCAUAUGGGAUAUUCAGAAGUACAGAAGGGGUAUAUAUUGCUAGAUUUGAGCAACAACUCCUUUUUCACAAGUAGAGAUGUGUUGUUUAGAGAAGAAAUAUUCCCCUUUUCUCAAAGUAAAAAACAGGUACACCAACCAGUAUUUACAGAUCCUUUGCAGGAUACAGGUGUUUUGUUUCCUCACUUAGAUCUUGUUUCACUACCUCCUUGUGGUCCAUCAUUUGAUGAUGUUUUACAGCAGUGUGAUGAUUCACAACUUGAGGUUCCACCUAUGAUUGCAGCUGAUGGGGUUGACACUGCAGCAGGUAGUGAUUGUGUGCCUGUUGUUGUUAAUGACACAAGUGCACCUGAGGUGGUUCCGAGUGCUACUGAGACUGAUGUUGUACCAACCAACAUGAGAUCUACUAGGAUCAGACAAGCUCCACUGUGGUUAAAAGAGUUUGUAUCCUUGCUAGGUCACAAAGAAGUGAAGUAUCCUCUGUGUAAUUAUUUGAGCUAUUCUCAUUUGUCACCUAGCUAUCAGUGCUAUAUUGCUGCUACUACACCAUGCAAGGAACCUACUAGUUAUUCAGAAGCUAUCAAGGAUCCAAGAUAG